GGAUCGUCUGUUACCGCAAGCUGUCGUCUUCAAAUGGAGUAUGAAACUAAGAUUUUCCCUCACACGGGCGGUUACGGGCGCUAUAACCGAAUCGUGGUCGUAUUCAGCUGGUUCCCCAGCUUUGCAGUCACGCUGAAUCUGUUUAGCGACGUGUUUUACACUCUUAUCCCGAACUCGUACCACUGCAAACCAGACCCGACGCUUCUGCCCUCCACUUUCCUUCUCAGUAACUUCUCCAGACAAGGGUACCUCAACCUUACCAUCCCCUGGGAGAACGGCUCCGGUCUGAGCCACUGUGAACUUUAUAGGUACCCUCCUAACUCCUCGGACCUUUCCGAGAACGCGCCCAGAGUGAGGGUGCCAUGCACCAACGGGUGGGAGUACUCUCAUGUAGCGGGGCUCCAAAGCAACUUUGUCACUGAGUGGAACCUGAUUUGCAGUGACUACUGGAAAAUCCCUGUGCAGCAUAUCUGCUUCAUGACUGGAUGGAUUCUGGGAUACAUAUUUCUAGGCACCCUGUGUGACUGGUUGGGUCGCCGGCGAGGUUUCCUCCUCUCCGUCAGUCUGUCCAGUCUGUUGGGGGUAGCUGUGUGUUUGUCGAGCAGUGCGGUGGUGUUUCUGCUGCUGCGUCUGUGUCAAGGCGCCUCACUCGCUGGCGUGUUUGUGUCUGCCUACAUCACCCGGUUGGAGCUGUGCGACCCUCCCCAUCGUCUGAUUGUUGCUAUGGUCAGUGGCUUCUUCGGCGUGCUGGCAGAACUGCUGUUGCCAGGCAUUGCUGUCCUGUGCCGCGAUUGGCCCGUUCUCCAGGCGGUUGCCACUUUGCCUUUACUCCUUCUGCUGUCCUAUUGGUGCUGUGCGUCAGUAUUUCCUGAGUCUCCUCGCUGGCUGCUGGCCACAGUUCAGAUACCUCAGGUGAAGAGGAGCCUUCAGGAAUUCUCCAAAAGAAAUGGCGUUUGUCUACAAGAUGACAUCUACCCUGGCGAAACCCUGCUGUCAGAGAUAGAUUCAACAUACGGAGAGGACAGUCGACCGCGGUACCAUUCAGCUCUGGAGCUCCGCCGGACUCGGGUCAUCUGGAAGAACUGUCUCAUACUCGGCUUCACCCUGUUCAUUGGAAUGGGCAUCCAGUACUGCUUCACCAGAAACCUGCACAGUUUCUCCAGCAGCUUCUACUUCAGCUACUUCCUCCAGGUGAUAACAGGAGCGCUAGCCUGCAUCUUCCUGUGUUUGUCCGUCAAUCACUUUGGCCGGCGUGGCAUGCUUCUCCUCUCUGCCAUCAUCACCGGACUGUCGUCGCUGCUGCUGCUGGCCCUCACGCCGUACCUGCAGGGGGGCCUGGUGUUGGUGCUGUCCUUUGUGGGUUUGUUGUUCUCUCAGGCUCUCGCCAUGCUCAGUGCUUUCUUCGCCUGUGAGGUGAUGCCAACUGUAGUUCGGGGUGGCUGCCUUGGCCUGGUGCUGGCAUCGGGUUGUGUUGGCAGGGCCGCCUCCUCCCUGAUGGAGCUCCAGAACAACGGCGGCUAUUUCCUCCAUCAUGUUGUCUUUGCCUCCUUCGCCGUCCUCUCCGUCCUCUGCAUAAUGCUCCUACCUGAAAGCAAACGGAAGCACCUCCCAGACUCCAUGAAGGAGGGCGAGAACCAGCGACGACCGCCUCUCUUCCUGUCACAGCCCAACAGAGACAGCCUGCCCCUGCUGCGCACGCGUCCCCCUUUGCCGGAGUAUAACCCCGAUAACUAUUCUCGCCUGGUGUCUGCCACCAGGAAGAUGUUGUCUAAAGAUUCUUUGCCUUACAAGAUUUCUGUUUCCACCCACCCCACUCUGCUGUCAGACAGUGAAAUGCAGGAACCAGAGACUCUGAGAGAGAUUGUGUCUUAACUGUGUUAACACCCUGCUCUCGCGCCUCCUCUUUACACACUAGAAGGAGAGAACAAACCUCUGACAGGCUACAAUAAGCCUUCAUUGAAUGGUUGCGUGACUAGCUGUUCAUAACUCAUCUGAAGAGCUGGAUGCACUUUAGAGCAAUGACUCCAAUUUGGUCACUUUUCAUCAAUAUUUUCAUCUCUUUAAAUUUUAUUACUGUCUGGUGGCAUUUCCUCAAAUGGAUUUACAUAGAGCACUGCAAAACAGUGGCCUUCUCUAGGUGUAGUUUGUCAGCCUUUUCUGAGGUGUAGGAAUAUUCCUGCUGACCUGUACUUACCGACAUUCCCAUCUGAGUCACCAGCAGAGACCCAUUGCUGAGAGCAGUGGCUUCAGAUUAUCUCAGACUAUUCUUGUGAAGCACACCAGAGGGCGCUGAGUGCACUGAAGAAUGAUUUAUUUAUUUUUAUGUUUUAAAGGAUUUUUGUUUCCCUGUGUUACUACCAAGACUGGUUUGUGCUUUAGCUGAAUGUUGGGAUAUGAUAUGUGUGGGCAAACAAGACUAGGUUUUUUUUUUUUGUUUUGUUUUUAAACUGUUAAAUGUGGUAACCCAAGUGGUUUAUAAUUUUACAUCAUAAAACUUUGUUCAGUGUUUGUUUUUGGGAGGAUUUUUUUUGUUUGUUUUUUUUCCCUCUUCAAAACUGGAAGUAGUAAGUGAAUUUCCAGAUGUGCCAACCUCAGCAGCUGCUGGACAAAAACUGCCUUUUUGUGUCUCAAGUGCAUCUACUGAAACACGACAACCCCAUGGUUUGAAUUUUUUUUAGAACCAGCAUAUAUAUAUUUACUUAAAAAAAAAAAACAACUUUAAUUUCUUUAUGUUUAUCAGUGUGGAUGUUACACAUGUUAAAACCUCUAGGUUUUUUUGUUUGUUUGUUUUUUACUGUUUACUAUAGUUUUGUGUGUAAAAUGGGAACACUCCUUCAACCUGUGUGAUAGUUUGUUUUUGAAUGCAUGAUCUUAAUUUUAGUGAGUAAACAAAGGUGCUUUUUAGUUGGUCAUAAGCUUUUAAAACCUUUUUUUGUUUUUUGUUUUGCUUCAUUAUAAAGUAAAAUCUGCAGAAGCUAAGAAUGAAUUUUUUUUUUUUAAACCCGAUCUUUAUUUUUACUUCCUUGUGAAGCAAAUUCAAAACAUCCAAAUCCAGAUAAUUGAUUUUAAAAAUGCACAGUGAUGGUGUAUUUCUCUCAGAACACUAGAUGGCGAUCUUCACUUUACAAAAUGGAAACAUGUACUACUUGGAGUGUUAAAUGUCUGCAGUGAGGUCCAGGUGUAUUAUGUGCGUUCACUCAGAUAACACUCACUAUUCAGCCAGAUACAGACCUCUUUAUAGCACUGCCCAUUAAACUGCAGCCUACUUAUAUUUUUAUUUUAUUUAUUUUUUAAUGGGGUGAAGC